AUGGGAAGAAACGGUGGCCAGGAGGGGGCUCCGGGGACCAUGGGGCUCCUGACCAUUCUGAAUAUGAAGCAGAAAGAGCGGGAGGUGCGACUGCUCAUGCUUGGCCUGCACAAUGCUGGGAAGACAACCAUCCUGAAGAAGUUCAACGGGGAGGACAUCGACACCAUCUCCCCGACACUGGGCUUCAACAUCAAGACCCUGGAGCACCGAGGAUUCAAGCUGAACAUCUGGGAUGUGGGUGGCCAGAAGUCCCUGCAGUCCUACUGGCAGAACUACUUUGAGAGCACCGACGGCCUCAUCUGGGUGGUGGACAGCGCGGACCACCAGCGCAUGCAGGACUGCCGGCGGGAGCUCCACAGCCUGCUGCUGGAGGAGUGCCUGGCCAGAGCAACCCUACUCAUCUCUGCCAACAAGCAGGACCUGCCUAGAGCACUGUCCUCUAAUGCCAUCCAUGAGGCCCUGGAGCUGAACUCCAUCCACAGCCACCACUGGUGCAUCCAGGGCUGCAGUGCUGUCACCAGGGAGAACCUGCUGCAGGGCAGACUGGCUCCUGGAUGACAUUUCCAGCCGCAUCUUCACAUCUGAAUGAGCCACUCCAAAUGCUCCCCACAUAGCAGUCUAGGUCCCCCAACCCUCACCAAACACUAUCCACAGAGGGAUGGGAGUCAGCCAGCCAGACUAACACCCCGCCUCCUCCACCCCUAACCUGCUGCUGCUACUGCUGCCUGCUGCUGCCCAGUGGCAGAAGGGCUGUGCCCUGGCUGCCUCCCUCGCUCCUAACCUGGCCUUUGGCUGCCAUACCAAGAAGAGAGGGCUAGGUAGACAGAAGCUGCCUCUGCUGCUACCGAGGCUGUGGGCCUCAUCCUUCACUCAGCUAUGAAAUAAAUCGCUCCUUGUCCUGGAAAAAAAAAAAAAAUUGCAAAA